AAAAAAAAGUAACCGACUGGGUAGUCACCGCGCUUUACAAAAAUGUCGCUAAUACUGCGUAUGUGGUGAACUGAAGUCAUACUUCUCCUUUUUAGUCCCCAUUCAGAAUUUCUGCAUCUUUUUAUCAUCUGUGUAUUGCUAUAUACAUUGAGCGCCCUUAUUGGCCAAGUUUAAGUAAAGCGAUCGAAGCAGGUGGACGUACCAAGGGUCUAACAAGCAAUUACUUGUCUCUGAGAAAAUACAGCGACGUUAAAAAAUCAAAGUCAAGGUUCUUCAAAGUUGACUUUCAAGAGGAUCCUCUCCAAAUGUAUCUAGUAAAUGAGUAGGAUACAGUAUCGUUCGAAAAACACAGUAUUCUAGUCAUUUACUAGAUACAUGUUUUUUCAAAUUUAUACUGUUAGACAGGGUCAUGACUUUUAAAAUUAAGGUUUAGGAUCUGGGAUUUAGGUCAGGAUUAGGGUUAAAUUUAGAGCUAGGAUUUAUGACUAUGGUUAGAUUUAGGAGUAGGUUGCUGAAAUGUGUCAGAAAUAUAAAUGGAUAUCAAAGUACCACAACCCAUAAGUCAUGCUACAGUCACCCUUAUGAAUGGAUAUGUCGCUCAUGGUACUAUCUCUCUAUAGAUCACCUGUGUAGUUUCUGGGAGACAUUCUUACAAUACAUAAGCCACAACUGUACAGAGUGAUCUCAUAUUCGCAAUAUUCUUUUAGUGUAUUUUUCAACGAUUAUGCGGCUUUUUUGCAUCUGAAUUCUAAUUGGCGACUCAGGGUCACUGUGGUUUUGGCUAUGAUAGUUUAACUUUGCCGAGAACCUCAUGAUAACACCCCAGAAUACUUUUGCGUCCUUAAGGAUCUUGGAGGCAUUUCAAUGCAUUUCCCUCAAAUUUCCACAUUAAGCUAUAAAAUUAAGUAUUACCAUACUGCUUGAGUGAAUUGACACCAGUUGGACAAGGUGUUUUUUUAACGGCUUCACUUUGCACAAGAGGCAAUUUGUUAGUGGAUGGUGCAUUGGUUUCAUGGUCGUGCUUUCCUUUCCACACCGAAGUUCAGUGACCAUUAAGAUCACUUAUCGGCAUUGAAUUCUUUUUGGAUUAUGAACGCCCCUAAAAAUUGUUCAGCGGAUUAUCGUACUGUUAUCGCUCCUGCAAAUGUUCUUCUUGCCACAAGCAUUUGUACCAUUCUUGUAGGCAUUGUUCUUGUCAUAUUGGGCAUUUGCUUCGGGCUGACUAAUGGUGGUCAUAGUUCCCAUUUAUCUAUAUCUUAUGUAGGCAUUCCUAUUAUUCUAUCUGGUUGUAUCACCUUAGCAGUAGCUGUUGCCAGAAUUAUGCAUACAAAUAAGUUACUCAGCAGUAUGAAUCUUACACUAUAUAAUUUUAAGAAACAGUGGAAUCAAGAGGAGUGCAGUGUUGAGUCUACAUCCUUCAACGUUCAAGAAGGUGCUUGCAGCUCAUUCUCUUCAUCAGUGUGUACACCUGCGAAUAAAUUCGAUUCUGCUUCAUUGAAUAAUGGUGGUGAAGUAGAAUUUCCGAAACAGUUGACCAAUCAUCAGCAUCAGAGAUUGCCAAUGCCGCCAAGGCGAGCUGUAUUGAAUUAAAAGUAUUUCAGGUGCUUUUGUAGCCUGAGGUGUCUUCUACCUAUGUAAAUGCUGGGUGUAUUCAUUUGUAUAUAUUUAUACAUACUUUGUGUCUUUCUCCAGAAUCUUUAUUACUAUUAUUUUCCUAUCUUCUGUUUUAUUUGAUAUUAAGCGUUGGUUAAAUAAACUUUUAUAUACCUUCUGUUUGUUUUAAGUUGAGGGGAUGGAUACUUAAACAAGCUAGCUAACUGACGUGUGUUUAAGUUGUCUUAACAGUAACCGGUCAUUCUGAACUAGUUUUAAUUAGUUCAUCUCACUGUCUAUGUGACAUUUACUGCUAGACGAAGUUGACUGAGAUAACAGAACCUCAAAAAGGGAGCAUAAUUUAAUUUGUUGCAUGUACAGUGUUCAUUGUGUUAAAGUUUGUCAUUGUUUGUAAAUAAGUUAUUGAAUUGCAAUUAUGAGUGUAUCGUUGAAGCAAUAGACAUGUUAAUACGAC